UCGAUUUGUGGGAUUUAGAGUCGAUUAAAAUCCGAACGAUUCUGGGAAAAAAGGAUUUAUUUUUUCUAAAUAUUACGCUUUAAUAUUAAAAUUUUAGCUAAAUAUAAUCAUUUAUACUUUAAAGAUUAAUUUCUUUCGCUUUUUUAGCAGGGAAACAGUCGAGUCGGUCACGAAAUAUUAUAAAUAUCUGCAAAAGGAAUUUUAUAACGUAAAAAGAGUCAAAAAUAUUUUUUAUUUUAAAAAUACCGACAAUCGAUAAGAGAGGGCGUUUCGGGCGGAUUUGUGUUUUCAUUUUGUGAAUGGAAAGGGUUUAGAAUUAUUUUUUGCCGAUUUAAAGAAAUGGAAGUAGGAGAAGGAAGUGCCGCCAAACCGAAGACUACGAGUACGGAUUCGUUAGCCGGUUCGGAGUCUAAAUCCAGUUCUUUAAAUUCUAAAAUCGGCCAAGAGUCCGGAGGAAGCCAAAGCUCGCAGUCCAAAGGGUCGCAGUCUCCAUCCAAAUUGUCGUGUUCCUCUUCGUCGACGUCCACCGAAAACAUCCCCCUACAAGAAUUAAAGUCAAAACAGCGGGAAUUAAAUGUUAUCCCGCAUAGAAGCGAUGAACCUCCGCUUCUGCCCGGUGAAAUGAUCCCUGAUAAACUAAGAGCUCGUGAUGUGACAUAUUUAUGUCCUUAUAUUGGACCUGUACGUGGAACUCUCUUUGUUACUAAUUACAAGUUAUACUUUAAAAGUGCAGAUAAAGAUUCUCCUUUUGUGUUGGAUGUUCCUCUUGGUGUGGUUAGCCGAAUUGAAAAAGUUGGAGGAGCUACCAGUCGUGGAGAGAAUUCCUAUGGCAUAGAAUUAUUUUGCAAAGACAUGAGAAAUUUGAGAUUUGCUCACAAACAAGAAAAUCAUUCAAGACGUGAUGUGUUUGAGAAAUUACAGCAAUAUGCUUUCCCUAUUUCCAGUAAAUUGCCUCUCUUUGCAUUUGAAUUUCAAGAAAAAUAUCCCAUUAAUGGAUGGACAGUUUAUGAACCUAUUGCAGAAUACAAACGACAGGGUCUUCCUAAUGAAAGUUGGAAAAUUACAAAAAUUAAUGAAAAAUUUGAACUUUGUGAUACAUAUCCUGCAAUAUUAGCUGUGCCAUCUGCAGCAACUGAUGAUGAUUUGCGAGCUGUAGCCAAUUUUCGAAGUAGGGGAAGACUUCCUGUACUAUCUUGGAUACAUCCAGAAAGUCAAGCUACCAUAACUCGUUGCAGCCAGCCACUUGUUGGUGUCAGUGGAAAACGUAGUAAAGAUGAUGAAAAAUAUAUUCAGAUGAUUUUAGAUGCAAAUGCUCAGUCACAUAAAAUUUUCAUUAUGGAUACAAGACCUAGUGUUAAUGCUGCUGCUAAUAAAGCAAGAGGUGGUGGUUAUGAAAGUGAAGAUGCAUAUCAAAAUGCAGAAUUAGUAUUUCUUGAUGUCCAUAACAUUCAUGUUAUGAGAGAGAGUCUGAGAAAAUUAAAAGAAGUGUGUUUUCCUUCAAUUGAUGAAGCCCACUGGCUAUCAAAUAUUGAAUCUACACAUUGGUUGGAACACAUUCGCAGAAUUUUGGCAGGAGCAUUACGUAUUGCAGAUAAAGUGGAAAGUAAUAAAACUUCCGUUGUGGUCCAUUGCAGUGAUGGUUGGGAUCGGACUGCUCAGUCUACCAGUUUGGCAAUGCUGAUGUUAGAUCCAUUUUAUCGUACAAUUAAAGGCUUUGAAAUACUUGUAGAAAAGGAGUGGAUCAGUUUCGGCCAUAAAUUUGCUCAGCGUAUUGGACAUGGAGAUGAUAAACAUUCCGAUGCCGACAGAUCGCCCGUUUUUCUUCAGUUUGUAGAUUGCGUUUGGCAGAUGCUAAUUCAAUUUCCCAACGCAUUUGAAUUUAACGAGCAUUUUCUGAUUACAAUAUUGGAUCAUUUAUAUAGUUGUCUUUUUGGAACGUUCCUUUAUAAUUCAGAACGUGAAAGAAUGAAAGAGGACGUAAAAAAUAAAACCAUAUCGUUAUGGUCUUUUAUCAACAGUAAUUACGAGGAUUUUUGUAAUCCUCUCUACACGACGUAUCAUCAGCAACAUGUUCUAUAUCCCGCAACCACCAUGAGGCACAUUCAGUUAUGGAAAGGCUAUUAUUGUAGAUGGAAUCCAUGCAUGAGGCAUCAGGAAUCCGUACAGCAGCGUAGUCGAGAAUUUUUGGCCCUAAAGGCGCAGUUACAGCAGAAGGUAAACGAACUCAAGCAGGAACUGGAAGCGAAGAAUGCCAGAAACGCCGCCUCCUCUCCGAGAAUCACUUCUCCGGUCACCGUCUGACCGGAAUUCGAAGAAAGUAAUUUUUCCGGUCCGUAAUCCUUUUUACUGGCGGAUCCAUCCCGCUUUGAUUAAAACCGCGCGGGCGAGAUUCUUUGUAAGAAUUACUCGGCACGUCGAUUAGUUUUUUAUAUGAUUUUGUACGUGCAAAUCUCUUGGGAUGGACAUACGAAACGCGAGGACGCAACGAAGAUUGGGUCGAGUUAGUUUACCGUCGCUUUCUAGAUUUGUAAUCCAUAUUUAAUUUGUCUUUGUGUAGAAUAAAAUGAAUUUUUAAUGAAGUUUCCAAA